UGGGUCUGUAGCAACAGUUGCCCCGGUGAGAACGAGGCGCCAUAGUCACGGUAGUCGUGGCGACAAGAACCCAGCAACGAGAAUCAACAACAACAAUUUGAAAGCCUUAAGAAAAUAAAACUGCGCACCAAAAAACAGCAUUCAACAAGAAGCGAAAGGGAGUCUGGCUGUUGUCGUCAUGGCAACUUCAGGCUACACUACUGAGGAGCUUCAGCCCUCCCAAACACAAGGGGGUAGCAUUGCAACAACAUCAUCAACACAGCAAAAACCUCUUUCCACCGCAACAGCCCAGUUUCUUCCCGACCUACAACGGUCGCCAGGCUCCGCACCUUCACAGUCAGGCCCCAUCGCAAGACCACAAGCCACGCCCUCUGUAAGUCAGAAGAAGGCUGUUUUGGCCACGCCUCCUCAGGGAGCUGCAACAGCAGCACAGUAUGUCGCCGGAGAGAUACAAAGCUCCGCCUCCCAGCCAGGAAACAGCCAGAGCACCUCGCAGUUUAUAGUGGUGACAGUUUCUGAGGGCUCUCUUCACUCAAAUGACUCCGUGUCAGACUCUAAUUCUCCUCCCACUGGACAGACAGGUGUGCCCACACAGGUAGUGCAACAGGUGCAGACAGCACAGCAGAGGUCAGUGGUGCAGGCCACAACCAAGAGUCAGAGUGGACAACUGGGGGUUGGUCUACACAUCACACCUGAGCUCCCAGUGCAGCAUGUGUACUCCAGUCAGUUCGUGGAGACUGAUGCCAACUACAACAAUACCACAAUACGUUCCAGUAGUUACCCGUACACAGACUCCUCCCUCUACCCUCAGACCACGCCCUCUGUCACUUACUAUGAGACCUCACCCACUUCCGUAUCACAGGUCACGUCCCCCGCCACCACUCAGACUGUGUCUGUGAUGUCAGGGGCGGGCAAAGGAAUGGUCUCUAUGUUCUCUGAGGGCACUUCAGGGAUAUCGGUGGCAGCAGGCGGGUCCUUGUCGGGUGUGGGUGGGGCAGGAGGUGGAGUCGGUGCUGGAGGGGUGGGGAGUUAUGUUAUACAGGGUGGGUUUAUGCUUGCAGGAGUCAGUGGAGGGAACCAGAAUUUCGCACCCAACACACGGGCCUCACCUGCGACUGUGCAGUGGUUGAUGGAUAACUAUGAGACAGCUGAAGGUGUUAGUCUUCCUCGCUGCACUCUCUACUGUCAUUACUUGCUGCACUGCCAGCAGACCAAGCUGGAGCCCGUGAACGCCGCCUCCUUCGGCAAACUCAUCCGCUCUGUGUUCAUGGGGCUCAGGACCAGACGUCUCGGCACCAGAGGGAACUCUAAGUACCAUUACUACGGCCUUCGAAUCAAGAAUAGCUCAGCUCUACACAGACUGGUGGAAGAUCAGCAACACCUGGCCAUGAGACAACAACCGUUCUCACAAAAAAACAGGAUAAAGCCGUUGCAGAAGGUGGAAGGAUUGACCAAUGGGAUGGCCCUUGGGGCCGGGCUGUCAGACAUCAGCGCUCAGGUUCACCAGUAUCAGCAGUUUUUGGAUGCAUCUCGCAGUCUGCCGGAGUUCUCUGAGCUGAAUAUUGAGGGUAACUCUCUACCGGACGGACUCCUCCCACAAUAUAUACACACCUAUCAGCUGCUCUAUAGAGAACACUGUGAGGCGAUUCUAGAUGUGAUGGUGAACCUGCAGUUUCCUCUUGUGGAGACACUGUGGAAGAGUUUCUGGAGGUUCAGUGAAGGACAAACCAGCAACACGGAAACACUCGACCUUCAAGAUGAAUCAGAGAAGCGUUUGCCAAAGUCAUUUCUGGUUCUGCUGUGUAAAUAUGAGCCGGUUCUGAGCUGGACCCGUGAAUGUGACAACACACUGUACCAAAACCUACUGGAGAUGCUCAUCCCUGAUGUCCUGAGACCUAUACCCAGUGCCUUAACUCAAGCCAUCCGCAACUUUGCUAAGAGUCUGGAGAACUGGCUCACCAAUGCCAUGAUCAACAUCCCAGAAGAGAUGGUGCGCAUCAAGGUUGUAUCUGCUGGAGCGUUUGCUCAGACUUUACGGCGUUACACCUCUCUCAAUCAUCUGGCUCAGGCGGCUCGUGCUGUCCUGCAGAAUACAGCACAGAUCACACAGAUGCUCAGCGACCUCAAUCGCGUUGACUUCACCAAUGUACAGGAGCAAGCAUCAUGGGUGUGUGGUUGUGAGGAUGGUUUGGUGCAACGGUUGGAGCAGGACUUUAAACUCACUUUACAGCAGCAGAACUCUCUGGAGCAAUGGGCCUCAUGGCUGGAUGACGUCGUGUCACAAGUCCUGAAGCCCUACACCGGCAGCCCAGCCUUCUCCAAAGCGGCCAAACUCUUCCUGCUCAAAUGGAGCUUCUACAGUUCUAUGGUGAUCAGAGAUCUGACUCUGCGCAGUGCGGCCAGUUUCGGCUCGUUUCAUCUGAUCAGAUUGCUGUAUGAUGAAUACAUGUAUUACCUGAUCGAGCACAGAGUGGCACAGGCCAAAGGAGAGACGCCCAUUGCGGUCAUGGGAGAGUUUGCCAGUCUGAACCGAGGUCAGAGGUCAAUGGACCCUGAUAAAGAUGAGGAAGAGGAGGAAGAUGAUGAGACCGACGAAGAUCAGGAAAUGUCCAUUCCUGUCGACUCCGUUGUGUUGGGGGAGGAGUCUCUGGAGCCGCCGGCAAAGCUCGCCCGGACCGACCUGUUCAACAACAGCGCACAAAACUAACACACACACACCUUCACACACAUUAUUGGUGUUUAAUGUUCAUCUAAGUCUCAUCAUCUCUCCUUUCAGUCCUUCUUUUGAUCAAUCUCAUGUACAUUCACACCUUUAUCAUCAGUCUUUAGCUUGAAAAUUAGCACUUGUGCUAAACGAUCGUCUUUGACACUCAGUUUUAUACCCAGCCGCACUUGAACUCUUCAGUCAUCGAAGGAAUGUCAGCGCAUUAACAGAGAAUAAUGUGAGUUUCUGACGUCAUAUACACCAGAUCUAUGAAUAAGCCGUCAUUGAUUACUGUAAAAGUGAGAUUCCUCCAAUGCGCACACACAUUUGUAUUGCCUUCCCAUUGUCAAUCAAAGCUGCCUUGUGUUUGACCCUGUAGUCUGAUAAUCAUGCUGCCAUGAAAACUAUAUUUUGCGAAAGCCUAUCAUACCUAACGUAGGUCUGUUGCUCAUUAAUAUUCAUGAGUGUGGUAUUUCCCCUUCAAUGUUGAUGUAAAGAUUGAUCCUUUCACAGCAGUAAUGCCACACACCCUUAUCUUUUAUAACAUGAAUAAUGAUACGAUUAUAUACGAUUGUUGUGCUUUAACCAGCUGACUCUGAAUUCGACUCUGUAGAUCGAAUGUGCCUUUCAAAUUAUUACUAUAUCAAGAGAUCCGUAAACGUAUAAAUAAAUGUCAAAAACAAUCAUGCACAAGCGUUAUUUGUUUCUUUUUCUGAAAUCACAUUGUCUUUUAAAGGACAAGUUCACCCAGAAAUGAAAAUUCUGUCAUCAUUUACUCACAGUCAUGUCGUAUUCUGGAGAAUCGUUAUGCGGUCAAUGACCGUGCGCUAUAGUCAACGUCUUCUGAAGACAUACGAUGGCUUUGUACCGCAUGGACAUGCCGCAUUAAGAUGUGUUGCACCAGCUUUCAUUCAUUAAACUCAUCGCAGUGCUUUGUGUCAUAUCAGAGAAAUCAUCCAUUCUUCAUCCUGUGUGUCUCUGAGGGCAAAUGAUGCAUUGAUAAGCCACACCCAUUUACAUGCAUUAACACACAGUACAGAGAGAUUCGGAGAUGGGAUGCUUCGGAACAGUGUUGAUAGCAAACCAGCGGCCAGUGUGUUUUGAGUCUGUAGCCGUUUAAAUGGCGCAGAUGUGGCAGUUUACUGAUUUCCUGCAAACGAAACUAAAUGACAUUAAGUUAUGAUAAUGAAUGCAUACAUUUAGCACAGCUUUAUAUUGCUUCUGUCAGAAUGUCUUAAUGCUCUGACGUUUGUUGUGACUGUGCAUUUGAUAGAUCUUGUACUGUUCAAACCAUAAUGGCCUUAUUUAAAGUGUUGCUGUAGCAGAAACUGAUGUAAAUAUCAAUGUUAAUGUACCUGCUACUGAAAGUCAAAGUUCAGUGUCCCUUUAAAAAUAGAUAUUUAAGAGAAUCCUGAUGUUCAGCUCUCUUUUGUAA